UCUCCGUCGCGGCGGCCUCUUUCGUUGUGCCAUGGCUCUUCGGCCGUCAUUCGUCGUGCUUCCGAUUUCGUCCUCUUCUAGAGCUCACAAGCCUACCCGCGGCCCUCGCCCAAUCUGCAGCGCUGCGAGCGCGGCACAUGAUAAUGCUCUCCUCAUUCGGGCAGCGGAAGUUGCGGACUACUCAGCGGGGCACACUGCUCCCCACCCUAACUUCGGCUGUGUCAUCGCUCGCAACGACGAGGUUGUCGGAGAGGGCUUCCUCUACGCACAGGGAACCAAGUGUGCGGAGCUUCAGGCUGUAGAGGCCGCAGGCGAGCUGGCGCGUGGCGCCACUGCGUACCUCAACAUGGAGCCAGGCGAUUGCUACGCUGAUCAAACCCCAGUCUCCUCCCUUGUCCAGGCUGGAAUUUCAAGGGUUGUAGUGGGAAUUAGACAUCCUCUUGGACAUCUACGAGGCAAGGCAAUCAAUUUUUUCAGAAAUGAAGGAGUCCGAGUUGAUGUUGUUGGGGAGGAUCUGCCUUGCAAGAAAAUGGAGAAGGCUUUGAGGUCCUGCCUCCUAGUAAAUGCUCCUCUACUCUACAGAGCUGCAUUUCAUGUUCCCUUUUCUGUACUCAAAUAUGCAAUGACCUUGGAUGGGAAAAUUGCAGCAAUUAGUGGAGACGCCUCUUGGGUAAGCAGCCGACUUUCUAGAGGUCGAGUUUUUGAGCUAAGGGGCAGAAGUGAUGCUAUUGUUGUAGGAGGGAAUACUGUUCGACAGGAUGAUCCAAGACUUACUGCAAGGCAUGGUGGUGGCCAUGUACCUGUUCGAAUAGUAAUGUCAAAGAGUUUGAAUCUUCCUGAAGAGGCGAACCUAUGGAAUACUCGCGAUGCAUAUACUAUUAUUGCUACACAAAGAGGAGCUAGGAAAGACAUUCAGGAAAAGCUCGCUAAAAAAGGAGUUGAAGUAGUGGAAUUUGACAUGCUGAACCCCAGAGAUGUUAUGGAAUAUUGUUGUAGUCGUGGAUGCUUAUCAGUACUUUGGGAAUGUGGCGGGGAACUUGCUGCGGCAGCAAUUGGCUGUGGUGUAAUUCACAAGGUUUAUGCAUUUAUUGCUCCCAAAAUUAUUGGCGGUAGAGGCGCUCCAUCUCCUGUUGGUGAUCUAGGGAUGGUUCAAAUGUCCCAAGCACUUGAUUUGAUUGAUGUCUCCCAUGAAGUGAUAGGUCCAGACAUUCUUGUAAGUGGUUUUCUUCAUCCCAUUCCUGACCUAUCACCAGUGAUCCCAUCUGUCCAUGAAACUGCUGCUCUUGAUCCAGCAGUCUCUCCCUAUGAGUCAAAGAUUAUAUUCUUUUAUAAGACAUGGGAUCCGUUUGGAGCAUUUUCUAAUUUUUCUCCACACUCUAUAAGCAUGCCUGAUGAAGCUGGUGAUUUUUGCAUGUGGCCUACUGUGGAACAUUACUAUCAGGCUCAAAAGUUUGUGGCCGUUGAUAAUCCACUUGCGAAGAGUUUGAUAGAAGAAAUUAAGCGUGCAAAAAGCCCUGAGGAAGCAGCACGCAUUGGGAGAAAAUUUCAGAGAGAGCACCCUGAAUUGGUCCAUCCUGAUUGGGACACCAUAAAAAUUGAUGUCAUGUACAGGGGUCUCAGAUGUAAGUUUUCAACGCACUCUCACUUGAAUUCCUUGCUGCGAUCAACUGUUGGAUUUGCUUUGGUUGAAGCUUCACCACAUGAUCUCUUCUGGGGCGGUGGUCGUGAUGGGGAGGGCCUCAAUUAUUUGGGCAGGCUGCUCAUGAAAUUGCGAUCCGAAAUUCUCAAUGAAGCUGCUCCAGAUUCUUAACAGCUGGUGGAAAUGUGUGUAUUAUAUUAUUUUAUUGCUAAAUUUGUCCUUUUUUUUAAUGAUUUAUAAUAAAUUCAGAAUUUUCUUUACCUAUUUUUUGUAAUUUAGAAAACUUAUGUUACGUUCAAAUGUUUAUGAUUUAUAUAUAUAUAUUUGUAC